GGUCCGCACGGCACUGGUGGCGUACAUAUGGUAAUUUUACAUGGUGGAGGGCAUGCAACACAAAUUGGUGGAACACAUGGAUAAGAUACACACGAUGGGCAAGAUGGUAACUGGUACUGAACCACAGGCGAUGGGAAACAAGAAAAGCAUGUGAAUGGGAUGAGCCACCAUGUCCACCUCCUGUUAUGUGUUCACCUUGUGCGGCACCUUGUAUUCCAGUUAAACAAUGUAAAAGCUAUGAUUUUCGAACAAGUAUUAUAUAUAGAUGUGAAUGUAUCAAAAGGAAUGGGCUACAAGAUAGAUGUAUGAUGUGGGAGUGCAUGGGUAGACCAGAAUGUAUGACGAAAUUGUACCCCGUUUGUAUGCCAGGCCGUUGUGCGUUAUUGAAAUUAACUGAAUUAGGAGAUAUGGAAGUUGCUUUAAAGAAAUUUUAUUGUGCUGAUCAAGCAAGGGAAGCUGCUCUUGCUGCAUAUUGUAGAUUGGUAUGUAAUACAAGCGCGGACAAACCUUGUUGCAUGGUGACCCCGAUAUGUUCAAGCAAAUCUUGUAAACCUAUAUGCGUUGAAUUACCAUGUUCACCAUGUCCACCAAGUUCACCGUGUCCACCAUGUUCACCGUGUCCACCGUGUCCACCAUGUUCACCGUGUCCACCAUGCCCACCAUGUCCACCGUGCCUACCGUGCCCCCCGUGUUCACCAUGUCCACCAUGUCCACCAUGUUCACCAUGUUCACCAUGUUCACCAUGUCCACCAUGUCCACCAUGUCCACCAUGCUUACCAUGUCCACCAUGUCCACCAUGCCCACCAUGCCCACCAUGUUCACCAUGCCCACCAUGUUCAUCAUGCCCACCAUGUCCACCAUGCUCACCGUGUCCACCAUGCCCACCAUGUCCACCUUGUUCACCUUGUAUUACUUCUUGUGUACCUCCUUGUGCUACUUUCAAAAUUUGUGUUCCAUGUCCACCACCAUGUCCACCUUCAUGCACGCCACCAUGCGUAAUACCAUGUAUACCACCGUGUCCACCACCAUGUCCACCACCAUGUCCACCACCAUGUUUACCACCGUGUUUACCAUGUUUACCGCCAUGUCCACCAUCAUGUCCACCGCCGUGUCCACCACCAUGUCCACCACCAUGUCCCCCAUGUCCACCACCGUGUUUACCACCAUGUAUAUCAGCGUGCCCACCACCGUGUCCACCACCGUGUCCACCUCCGUGUCCGCCUCCAUGUCCACCAAAAUGUCCACCACCGUGUUCGCCAUGUUUACCAUGUUUACCAUGUUUACCAUGUUCGCCAUGUCCACCAUGUUCACCAUGUUCUCCAUGUUCACCAUGCCCACCAUGUUUGCCAUGUCCACCUUGUUCGCCAUGUCCACCAUGUUUACCAUGUCCACCAUGUCCACCAUGCCAACCGUGUUCACCAUGUGCACCACCAUGUCUUACGCUAUGUCCAUCACCAUGUUUAUCAGUGUGCCCGUCACCGUGUUAAACAAAAUGUUUCAGUAUAUAUCCAUCAAUAUGUUUUUUUCUAUAUGUACCAAUCUUUUCAUAACAGAAUUUAUUUACCAGUUAUUAUAUUGGUUAUUGAUUAGAUUCUUUAGUCUGUGCAUUUUUCAUUUUGUUACAAAUUUAUUUUAUUAUAUAUGUUUCAUAUCUUCUGUCAACAAUGUUAUUUGUUAAAUUGAAGAUGUUUUUAUAAUGUUAUGCCACGAAACAAAUAAAAAAUAAAAAUUUUAUAUAAAAAUA